AUGAGGAGAUUUUUGGUUCAAUCAGAAUCAGAACCACCGCAUGAUGUGGUUAAUGAGUUUAACCCAAAUGAAAUUGUGCGUGAUCCAGGUCGUAGGAAACAAAUUAAUGAGUAUGCUCUGGAUAUUCAAGACCAAGUGAGGAUGGCAUAUAUAUUGAAGGGUCCAAUGCAACCAGAUAUGCCAAGCUUUACUCGUACUCCAUUUGGAAGUAUUAACAGAGCAUCUAGUAAAUUAUGGUACAAGAAUUAUACAUGGUUAGAAUACAAUGAGAUUAAGGAUGCAACUUAUUGUUUUUAUUGUUUUCUAUUUAAGAAACCCGGGAGGACCGAGCACUUUGGUUUUGAAGUCUUUACUAAAAACGGAUAUAAAGAUUGGAAGCAUGCAUCACAAGGCUUUAAAGAUCAUGUUGGUAGUCAUAAUAGUUUGCACAACUCAUGUGUCAAGCAUUGCGAUGAUUAUAAUAAUCAAAGACAAAGUGUGGCUAGUAAGUUUUCUAAAGCAACCAAGGAAUCAGAAGAAUUAUAUAAGAUUCAUUUGACUUGUUCUGUAGACUGUUCAAGAUAUCUCAUUGCACAAGGCUUGGCUUUUCGUGGCCAUGAUGAAUCCGCUAUUUCUCUAAAUAAGGGCAAUUUUAGAGAGAUAGUAGAAUGGGUAAAAGCUAAGGAUGAACAAGUGAGCGAUGCUCUUGAUCGUGGUGGAAAAAAUGCACAAUGA